AUGGCCUUUCACUCGUCUGAUAUAGAAGAAACGUCAAACUGUUUAAUAAUGAAUGAGCGGAAUCGCUUGGAUACCGCGGACACCUGUGCGUGCCCGACUACCGCUGAGCUCAGUAAAGCAGUGUCAGUGUCCUUAGGUUUGGAUACGGUGUCUUCUCCAGCUCUGCUCAACAACAUGAACCAGUGCUCCUCCAGCAGCGCCUUUUCAGACUUCGACCCCACUGUGGAGAACAGUUCUCGGGGAGUGCCGGAGUUCGGAGCGGCUCGAGAUAUGAACUCAGAAGGCAGCGGGUUUCUGCUGAAUGACAGUACACAAAGAGAGGACGACUUUGGAGAGGUGUGCCACGGCAUACAGCAGGUAAGCUGCAUGGAUCUGCUCAGAUCGGGCGAAAUGGACAGCGCGCAAACCGUGACGCGCGGCCAGGUGAUAUCCAGAUAUGUUUGCAAGGAAUCAAACUUGUUUCUGAACCCGGUGGUCGAGAUGCCCGCGCCCUCCCAGAUGGACGAGCUGUUACCUUUGAAACCAUACCCUGCGUACUCUGCCAAUCCAAACCUGUACAGGGAUACCCCGGGUGUGUGGUGCGCAUACAGCGGACCAUCCGAGCCAGAGAGAGGCGCAUCUGGCGGACACACUUUGUUGUGCAAAUAUUGUAAUUGUGGCCAGGUCUCUCAUGGAUCCCGGCAGGAAUGCCACUGUGUCUGGUACAGCAAGAGCGAGCAGGGUCGUAAAGGUGGCACGCGAGCAGCGAUGGCACAAGGGUACGGACAAGUGGAAAGUUACCAAAGUGCAAUUCCUCAAGGGCAUGCCACUUUUUCCAAUAUCAAAACCGAACCUUCAGUGUGGGUGGACUGCGCAGAUCGCAGUUUCAGACAUGAGGAUUUGUUUCCUGGUGUGUACCUCUCAGACAGGAGAGUGUGUCAGGUGUGCGGUGACGAUGCCUCAGGUUGUCACUAUGGAGCAGUCACCUGUGGCAGCUGCAAAGUAUUCUUCAAGAGGGCCGCUGCAGGUAAGCAGAACCACCUGUGUGCCAGCCGGAACGACUGCACCAUCGACAAACUGAGGCGGAAAAACUGUGCCUCGUGCCGUUUAAAGAGAUGCUUUAUGUCGGGAAUGAGCCUUAAAGGUCGCAGGCUAAAGGGAGCCGGACAGACAAGGAACGGAGAGGAGGAGCAACCUCUGGGUCCCUGGGGACCUGGAGAACGAGGAGAAAGGGCUGGGAAGAGAGAUAUCAUCUUGGAGCCUGGAAGUGCAGCUGCCAGGGCUCAAACAGCAUCCCAUGCCCUGGCUCUAGGCAUCCCACCGAGCCUGCGCUCCUGUCUCUCCCUGCUCAGUGUCUUGCAGACCAUUGAGCCGGCCGUGGUCAAUGCGGGACAUGACCAUGCCCUGCCAGACAGCCCUGCGUCCUUGCUCACCAGCCUCAAUGAGCUGGGGGAAAGACAGCUGGUAACCGUGGUGCGCUGGGCCAAGGCAAUACCAGGUUUCCGUGACCUGCAUGUGGAUGAUCAGAUGUCAGUGAUUCAGUUGUCAUGGAUGGGGGUGAUGGUGUUCGCUUUGGGUUGGAGGUCCUACACACUCACUAACAGCUCCAUGCUGUACUUUGCUCCAGACCUGGUCUUCAAUGACGAGCGGAUGCAAGUGUCCAGUAUGUAUGAACACUGUGUGAGGAUGAAGCUACUCUCCCAAAGGUUCUGCAUGCUGAAGGUUACCCAGGAGGAGUUCCUCUGCAUGAAGGCCCUGGUCCUCUUCAGCAUCAUGCCAGUGGAGGGCCUGAGGAGCCAGCGUUGUUUUGAUGAACUGCGGACCUCCUACAUCAAGGAGCUGGACCGCUUAGCCAGCCACCGUGGAGAGACCACCCGUACACAGAGACUGUUCCAGCUCACACAGCUGCUGGACUACCUCCAGUCGAUUGUGAGGAAGUUACACCAGUUCACCUAUGAUCUGUUCAUCCAAGCUCAGUCCCUGCAGACGCGUGUCAACUUCCCAGAGAUGAUCUCGGAGAUUGUUAGCGUUCACGUGCCCAAGAUCCUCUCAGGCAUGGUCAAGCCCAUCCUUUUUCACAAUACAGCCUAGGGAGAAGUCUCUGGUUGUCCUAUAUGUCACUUGAGCUCCGGCACCCAGUCUUCGGCCAUUUCUGGUGAAGAUCGAAACAGCUAAAGAGGGUUUAUGAUUCUUCCAGCGUAUUGUACAUAUUCUUCCAGCCUAUUGUAACUGCAUCUACUCCGUUCUUAUUACUGACUGUUAUCUGUAUCGUGCACAUCUAUUCUGGAGCUGAUUAAAACACCUUUUAGCAUGCAUUCCUCCACACAACAACAACUGGCAUGUAGACUUCCUCACAUUAACAACAUGACAACAUGUCAUUUUGAGAGGUAAGACAGUGAUGAGAAAAACAUGUUUGAAGAGUUCACAU